AUGUUCAGAACCGCCCUUCUCAGAUCAGCCCGCAGCGCUGCUAGCAAAGCUGUCCAAAGACCUGCAGCAAUUGCUCGUCCUAUCAACCAAAGUUCUUUCAUCACAAAAUCUCAAUUCGCCCCAUCAGCUUUCCAAGCUGCAAGAUGCUACUCCGCAGCCGCCGGUCUCAACAAGGGAGAAGUUGAGGGCAGAAUCCUUUCUUUACUGGAAAACUUCGACAAAGUUUCGGACCCAACGAAGCUUUCUGCAAGCGCACACUUCUCGAACGAUCUUGGGUUGGACAGCUUGGACACUGUAGAGGUUGUUAUGGCUAUUGAGGAGGAAUUCAGCAUUGAGAUCCCAGACAAGGAUGCGGAUUCUAUUCUCAGUGUUGACCAAGCCGUCGAGUAUAUUCUCCACCAACCAGAUGCUCAUUAG